AUGUCGGCCACGUUCAUCGGCAACACAACAGCCAUACAGGAUGUGUUCAAACGCGUGUCCGAGCAGUUCACGUCCAUGUUCCGGCGCAAGGCUUUCUUGCAUUGGUACACCGGCGAGGGUAUGGUCGAGAUGGAGUUCACCGAGGCAGAGUCCAACAUGAACGACCUGGUGUCCGAAUUUCAACAGUACCAAGACGCGACCGUUGAUGAGGAAGGCGAAGGAGAUGACGAUGAGGACGCAGAUUCAUAA